UACAAGGAACUGAACAUAUUUUAAGUAAAUAUUAUGGCAUGGUCGUAGUUUGUGUUUUUUUACCAGUGUUUUAGAUUAGAUUAAUUAAAUUAUUUUUUGCGAUGUAUUAUGUACAAUAUUGGAGACAUGCAGAUCUGGUUUUUCCCAGUAAGCGGAACCGCGGGGGUUGUACGGGACUGCAUCUUUAACACUGAGAAGUAGGGGGGCACCCAUCGCGUAAGCAGCCCUCCGGAGAGGGCAGCCGGCCGCCACCGCACCACGUAGCCGACCGGCAACUCAGCAACCCGAAAGAGCUGUGAUCCAGUGGGGGCAUCGGCGGGGCUGGCGGAGGCUCGCAGCACAGCGGAUCAGCCCCCGCAGCUCUGCUUGCGCCCUAAUUAAGGAGCACCGCGCAUUUUCUUUGUUGUGCCUGAAGCGAGGUGGACUUUCUUGCGGAGGCAUAUCCAUGGAGUUUUAUACUUAAAGGAGCGAUUUCCUGGAGUAGCCUGCCGAAGUUUCAGGGCAGUCAUGCAGCUCCCCGCUGCCUCGCCCGCGCAGACGGGCGUAAAAGCCAAAUAGGACGAUCCCCGCUUCGUACCAGCCGCUGCCGGACAGAGGUUCGGUUCGGGUCCCCUCGGCCGUUUCGGGGCGUCGGAAUGAGAAACCCCCAGCUUUACCGGCUGGUUCUGGGGGGAUGUCUGGGUUCCUUUAUCAUCGUGAUCUUCUACUUCCAGAUCAACUUGAAAUCAGCAGAGCAGGGCACCCGUUGGGCUGGCUGGCACUGGAAGUCCGGGAGAAGCCCCCUCCAGAUGUUAUACCACGGUGAUCAGCCUGAGCUGUCCAUCCCUCAGAUGACCCACCAGGCGCGGCGAGAGCUGCUGGAGGAGGUGUGCCGCUCCUACACCCGGAAACGGCGCGUCCUCGUGCAGGAGGACCUCAAGCACUUGAUUGUGGACGACCAGCACGGGCUGCUGUACUGCUAUGUGCCCAAGGUUGCCUGCACCAACUGGAAGCGAGUGCUGAUGGUGCUGACGGGUGGGGGCCGCUACAGCGACCCGCUGCAGAUCCCGGCCAACGAGGCGCAUGUGCCCAGCAACCUGCGCACGCUGUCAGAGUACAGCCCCGGCGAGAUCAACCAGCGGCUGCGCAGCUACUUGAAGUUCGUAUUCGUGCGCGAGCCCUUCGAGCGCCUCGUCUCUGCCUACCGCAACAAGUUCACGCGCAGCUAUAACACGGCCUUCCACAAGCGCUACGGUACCAAGAUCGUCCGCCGGCACCGCGCCGAUCCCCGGCCUGAGGCGCUGGAGCGCGGCGACGACGUCUCUUUUGAGGAGUUUGUGCGCUACCUGGCAGACCCGCGGACGCAGCAGGAGGAGCCGCUGAACGAGCACUGGGAGCGCGUGCACUCACUUUGCCACCCGUGCCUCAUCCACUAUGACGUGGUGGGAAAGUACGAGACGCUGGAGCAGGACUCGCGCUACGUGCUGCAGCUGGCCGGCGUCAAGCACGAGGUGCGCUUCCCUGCCUCCGCCCAGAGCGCCAGGACCUCGGAGGACAUGGCUGCCCGCUUCUUCCGCAACAUUGGCCCCCUCUACCAGAGAAAGCUCUACAGCCUCUACAGAAUGGACUUCCUGCUGUUCAACUACUCCGCUCCGGCUUACUUGAAAUUCAGACUACAUUAACUACCCCAACGGGGCUUGUGGGAGUAUUAUUUACACAAAAAUGUUCUGAGGGCAGAACGAAAAAUGAUGGUUCAGAGAAAUAACCAAUCAGAUUUUAGAGGAGGUGGGGACUAAGACAUCUGAUUGGUUUAGUUGUAAAACUAAACCAAUCUAAGUAACUGGCUGGCUGCCAGUUACUUAGAGCCUGCACAUUUGUAUAGACGGUAUGCUAGCGUGUAAAUUGCAGCACCGGCAUCACUGUCAGCCGAAGGUGGUUUUUAAUAUUUUUUUCCCCUUUUUUCAGUGGGGUUUGGACUUUGAGGUCCAGCAGUUUCCUGUUUAUCCUCCUGAGAUUCAUGGAAACAAAGUUCACUUUAAUAUUGAUUAAAAUUUUGAUUUGACUGGAAGAGGAAUUUGGCAAGGUCACAUGUGAUGCCAUCAUAAAGCUCUAACUGUCCUCUUUAAGGAACAACAAUAGAGUGUAAAGUAUGAGAGAUAUGAGCAAAAACAUAAUUUCCUCGAUGGAGGAAAAAAUGAAUUGCUGGAACUCAGGAGGAUUUUAUAAACGUGAAUAUAAAUACAACGACAAAAUGGCAACAUCCUGAACUUGGAUAUUCGCUGCUCUGUCCCACCUAGAGCCAAAACUUCAUCUCUUCAGUGCCUUGAAAACAUGGACAGGAUGGAGGACUUGUUCUUUUCUUUAAACAUCAUAGUGAGUUCAGAGAUGCUGUUUGUUAUAUUUAUAUAUUUCGCCCUCCACUGUUGAUAUAUUUAUUGCUGGUGAGAACUUGAGGGACCCACACAUCGGUUAUUCUGUAAACUAGGGCGUAAAAAUGUGUCCUUACUUUUUACUGCCUUUGGGAGACGGCUCACCAGAUUUUGCUGGUUAUAAUCGGUGGGUCAACACUGGCAGCCUUUAGCAUAUUGAUAUUAUUCCCAAGGGAAGGAAACGGAGCCUUUUAAAAAUGCACAAAUGUCAUGCUGUUGCUCCAGCGAGCCUCUGCCCUUCCGGAGCAUUCCAGCUGCAGCAGAGAGCUCUGAAGUGAAAACUGCAGCUGUGUGUUUUUUAAUGUCUCCUCUCCUUACCCCUCCUCUCCUCACCCCUUCUCUCCCCUCCCCAUCUCUCCUCACCCCUUCUCUCCCC